AUGGGACUUGCGUGCUGCAAACCUGUUGCAGACGCAAGUGAUGAAUUACAAAAACGGCUUUCGAGAAGUCAAAGGAGAAGAGACUUAGGAAAAUACAAAAAGGGUGUUUCAAGGCUGAUCAUGGGGAUAACAAACAAAAUGGCAGCGUUAGAUCAAAUCAACAUGAGACCACUAAAAGAAUCAAGAAAAGUUAAGAAAGAAUAUUUAAAAUGUUCCAACGCUGAUCAUAGGCAUAACAAACAAAAUGACAGCGCUAGAUCAAAACAACAUGAGACCACUAAAGUCGGUUCAAAGUUUUUCAACGUCACUUCGAGUUUAAAUGGAACGCUUGGGAGAAGAAACUGCUUGAAGCCUGUGCGAGUAUCUCUGGAAAAUCGUUUGCGAAAAACUCCGACAGCAGUUUGGGAGACAAACUCCCUGCUUUGGGCAUCGGAUUUAAACUUUUUAAAUUUACAAAAACCAGAAUCGUUGGAGAUAAAGUCAAAUAACAUACAUGAUGAUGAUGUUUAGAACCCGCAACUUGAGACCAAACUUUCAAGUGCAACAGACAUUUCAGAAUUGUGGUAGCAGUAGUGAUAUAUAGCCCACUAUUCCCAGAAAACAGAAUAGUCCGUCUCUUUUGUCUACUGGAACAUUUGAAAGAUCCUCGUAAGUUGAAGGAUGUACAGCAAAAUGACUAAAACUGCUUGCUACUACUUUUUUUUUAUCGUUUCUGUCUAACCUGUUAUUUGCAAAUAUUUUGACUUUUCAAAAAAUAACAUACCGGGAUGAUGAAUUUGAAAAACCGCAAUUUGAAACCAAAGUCAGUUUUUGGAUUUGAUAAGUUUAUCAAGACGAAUAUUCGUUUUUUACUUAUAUGGAUAUUUUAGGAAAUGGAAAUGUCGUUCCUAGACAAAUUGGUUCAAGCCAAAAAUAACCUUGUUGCGUUAAGUUUGUUUAGAGACCUUAUUCACACUAUAUUCAUUAGGUUCAUGGGAAGAAGUUCCUUACUUAUUUGUCUCUAGUUUUUAAUAAAAAUUGAGAGCUUUCAAUAUUUGAAUCAGAAACUCAAUAGGAUUCAGAUGGCAAGCAGUCCAGAAACUUUCUAUCCAACUCGGAUGUACGGAGAACUUUUUUAAUACAUAUUCUUAAAUACUGACGUAAAGCUUAAAAAUUAAUGCUACGUCGG